UUCUGCAAAUAUGAAUUUGAAAUUUCGAAUACGAUCAAAAUUAUUAUACUUAAGAAUUUGAAAGGGCAACUGAUAUGUGCAGAGUAUAAAAGAAUAACGUUAUUGGGAUGGAAAACUCACUUUGACAUUGUCAUGGGUAUUGUAAGAGGUCUUCUAUAUCUCCACCGAGAUUCAAAACUUCAAAUUAUUCACAGGGAUCUCAAAGCAAGCAAUAUUAUAUUGGAUACCAAUCUGAAUCCUAAGAUUUCUGAUUUUGGAUUAGCCAGGAAAUUUCGAGAUGAUGAUAAAGAAGCCAAAACUAGGAUGAUUGUAGGAACAUAUGGGUACAUGUCCCCAGAGGAUGCAUUUAAUGGAAAGUUCUCAGUAAAUUCUGAUGUGUUUAGCUUCGGUGUGCUUCUGUUAGAGAUGAUAAGCGGGAAAAGAAAUAGAAGGUUUAGUCAUCCUGAUCACCACCACAAUCUUCUGGGACAUGCAUGGUUGCUUUGGAAUGAAGGAAGCGCCUUGGAUCUAAUGGAUUCAAGCUUGAAGGAUUCAUGUGUUGAAUGUCAAGCAUUAAGAUGCAUUCAAGUGGGUUUGUUAUGUGUCCAAGAGUUUCCACAAGACAGACCUACAAUGGCGUCCGUGGUUUUCAUGUGAGAAAAUGAAGGAGCGACAUUGCCUCAACCUGAACUGUCCGGUUUCUUCGUCGAAAGGGAUUCAAAUGAUGAGUGCUCUGCAUCUAAAAAUGAAAAACCCCAUUCGGAAAUUGCUGUGACUAUGACAAAGCUGACUGGUAGAUAGAAAUACGGUUAUAAUGUUGUUGCCAUGUAGCCAAUGGUUUUGAUGCUUAUAUGCAAUAGUCAACUUGUGUUCAAGGCAUGGUAAGUAGAUUGAUCUUUUUGGGCCAAAAGCUUUUAGGUAGAUACGCUGUAAAGUUAAAAAGAACUUUUUUCCUACCUGAGGGAUGUCAGAACUUUGUGGACGGCGACAUUUGCUCUCUGCGGCCUCUACAAACAUUAACACUCGAUCUACUGCAUGUGGGGAUAAUUUUGUGGGAUGAAAAAGCUCAUGUCUGAAGCUCUGUUUCCUCUGUUUAUUUAUUUAUUUAUUUAUUUUUUCUCUUUUUCCUUUUUCUUUUUAA